GAACAAAUAUUUAGUCGUUCACUAAACGUUACAUCGGUCUAAGCGAAAAUGCUGAUUUUAAUAUUUGCGUUAGUCGGAACGUUAUCUGUGCUAAACGGAAAUGUAUUCGCAGGUGACUUUGAAGCCGCCAGUUUUACGUUAAGUGCACGCGGUGAAUUUGAAACACGAUUGGAUCAUUUUCGUCCGCAGUAUUUCGAUAAAGUUAGGUUUGCAUAUCAUGUGAAUACGGACUAUUACCAACCGAUGGGACCGUUAUACAUUUACAUUAAAGACGCACGCGACUAUACAACCACAUGGAUUGAAAGUGGACUUAUGGUUGACAUAGCUGCCGAAACAAAUGCAGCACUUUUCACAUUCGAUCACAGAUAUCUCGGUGAUAACCGACCAACACAAAAUGCCUCGUUCGAAAACCUGGAAUAUUUAUCGGUAGAACAAAGCCUGGCCGACAUCGCAACAUUCAUUCGGUUCAUUCGAUCGGACCCAUCGGUCAGCUAUUUUACGAAAGUGAUUUUGUGGGGAUCCGGGUAUGGUGGAUCAAUGGCUACGUGGGCACGGAAAAAAUAUCCAGGAUUGGUUGACGGGGUCUGGUCAUCGAGUGGAAUAUUCGACAUCACCCUGUACAGUUUCAGUCAGUACGAUGCAUUGGAAAGUAUUUUUCGUAACUCCGGAAGUAGUGGAUGCACCGACUUACUUCGCGAAGCACUGUUCGAAAUGGAUAGGUUCAUACAAAAUGGAGAAGGUGAAUACCUGCAAGAGAGGUUAAAUUUGUGCCGUCCAGUGGACACCAAUUCAAUGUUUGACAUUGCCGCAUUAUACGAACAUUAUAUUCUCUUCGUUACGGACUAUAUCAACAGACUUCAUACUCCGGGCAUUUUAAGUUUCUGUCGUGCAAUGGAAGAAAUACCCGGCGAUGCGUUCGAUUCGUUUGCACAAUGGGUUGACUUAAUUUACGGGACACCGGAAUGUUUUGAUCCGAGUUUCGAUGGUAUAGUGGAGCGUAGCAGUAAUGUUGAAUGGGGUGCCGUCGGAACGGAUACUGGAAGACGACAGUGGUAUUACAGUCAGUGCACACAGAUUGGUUCAUUCUUGAUAGCCGAUGAGUUUUCAUGGAUACCGGGACGAAUUUCCGUUUUCUAUCACAUGGAAAAAUGUCAACGAGUAUUGGGUGAAAGCUACAACGCAAAUCUAUUAAUUACUGCAAACGAUGCUCUGAUUCGAGAACUGGGAUCGCUGAACCACAGUGUAACGAAUGUAAUUUAUACGAAUGGCGGCAUUGAUCCGUGGCUUGGUACUGGAAUUGUAGAGUCACAACAUCCGAGCCUAAUCGCUAUGACCAUUGAUACCUACGCUAAAUCCGCUGACCUAACAUCCAUCGAUCCAAUGUCAGACACUGAAUUACUGGUGGAAGCAAAGCAGCGUAUCAGAGAAACAAUUAUUGCAUGGUCGCAAUUCACAUCAGUGAAAUAAAAAA